AUUAUGAGCCAAUUACAAGAGUUAAUUGAUUUUUCUGGGGAAGACUUACCCAUUGAAUAUAUUAAGAGAGGAAGUGAAGAAAUCGAAAAAAUAAAUAAAGACUUCUUGUCUGGCUUUCCUAAAUUGAAUUUCAAUUCCAAUCAUAAUAUUCUUCUUAUUGGAUUACCAAAAGUAAAAGAAGAAAUGAAAUCUAAACUUACAAUAGCACUCAAAGGAUAUCUCAAAAAGAACAACUAUAUUUAAUUUGUAGAUAUUGAACUUAAUAAUCUUGGUUAAGCUAUCUUAUCAUAUGAAAAUGAAGAUUAAGCAUAAUAAGCAGCAGAAUAGAUAACUAAUUAAAAUUUUGAUGCUAAACAUCAAUUAUUAGCCUUUACUUAAAAAUAAAUAAAUCACAUCAAUCAAACCGCAGAAUAUACACCAAUUGCACUCAAAUCUAGAUAAGAGUUACUAGCAUUUCAUAAAGAUCCUAGAGCAGCUGUUACUAUUGUAUAAGAAAAGACUAAGCUCUCACUCAAAUGGUUAAAUUCAUUAGAAAAGAAAUUAGAAGAUAAUGUUAAUGAAAAGAAAUUGCCAUCAUAUGACAGAUUACAAUGGUCACCUUUAGGUUAAUAUUUAGUUUUAUUCACUGAAAAUGAAUUCUCACUUUAUGGAGCUUAGGAACUUGAAUAAUUGCAUAUAUUUGAACACAAAAGAGUUUCAGAAUUAUUAUUUAGUCCAGAUGAACAAUAUAUGAUAAGUUUUGAUGGAUUACAAGUAUAAAUAUAUAAUCAUAUUUUAGCAAUUUAUUAUUUGGAAUAUUAGAGAAGAAAGAUAAUUGAGAUAAAUUGUAUUAUAAUAAUCAUCUAUAAAACAAUUCAAAUUUAAUAAAGAUAAUAAAUGGUUAGCCUUAUAAACUUAAGAUGAAAUUUAAAUUUAUGAAGCACCUGAAUUUUAUCAGAAAAAUUAAUUAAAUCUUAAGGCUGUUGGAGUUAAACAAAUUGAAUGGGUUCCUUAAACUAAUUAUCUUGCAGUUGUUUGCUAUGGGAAAGAUAUUAAAACUCAAAUUUUCUUACAUGACUAUAAACGAAAUAUUGAUGUUAAAUGGAGAAACAUUGCAUUUGAAAUUGAUAGCAUUCAAAUUUUUGUACAUACAUAUGGAAAAUGGGUAGCUACUCUGAUAAAAAAAAAACAAAAGAAUAAAGUUUUUGCAACUACAAUUCAAGUAGGUAAUUUAAAUAGAAUUGAUCCAUUUGAAAUCGAUGAACACACAAUUAAUGAGGAUGUUGAGAGUAUAUUUCCAGAACUUAAUACUGGAAAAUUUGGAUUAUCUUAUAGAGAAAAAGAUAAAUAAUAAAAACCUACUUAAUAGUUUACUUUCCAUCUUUAUUCAGUUUAAGAAGAUUCUAAAAAAGGAAUAAAAUUACAUUAACUUGGAGAAUAAAAAGGAAGAGAUACAAAUGAAUUGUUAUGGGCAUCAAAUGGAGUAAAGAAUGAUAUAAUUUUAGAAUUAUUUUGCUAUGGUUAAUAAAACAAAAAAUUCACCUGAUUAAGGAAAGGUUGAAUUUGGCCAGAUAUCAAGAAAGAAUGAAUAAUUAAUAAUAGAGAUAACAAAAUCAACAAAUCAUUUUUAUAUGAGUCAUGCCUAAUGGGAUCCAACAGGAAUAGUAAUAGUUUUUAAUAAUUACUCUAGUAUUUCAUAACAAUGAGUGAUUUGUGGCAUAGUGUAAAUAUUUGGAGUGCUAUAGGAGAAUAAUUAAUAAAAGAUACUGUGACUAAGAUUACAGAUAUUCAUUGGAGAAACAAACCAAUUCAUUUAUUAUCAUUAAAAGAGGAAUAAGAAUUAUAAAACAAUUCAAAGUAGUUUGUAAAGAAAUAUGAAGCUGAAGAUGAUAAAAUUCUGAAUAAAGCUAAAUAUGAUAGAGAAUAAAAGAGAAAAGAAAUGAAAGAAUAAGUAAGUAUUAAAAUGAGAAUUUUAGUUUACUCAAUAUCUCAAUGAUAAAAAAAAGAUUUAUAAUGAUACUAAAGAACAAAGAAUAAAAUUAUUAGGUUGGAAUGAUGAAGAUCCAAAAAAUUUUGUUUUGUAUCAAAAAAUAAUUAAAGAAGAAAUAGUAAAUUGAUGAUGUAUAUUUACAAAAAUAAUAAC